CCUCAGCUGUGGGUGUCUGAAUGGUGAACUGAGCCUUAGAAAAAAGCUCUUCCCUGGCAGGCAUCAUCCCCCUCAGUGGCUCUGACCGCCCACAGUCCGGGGGGAGAAAGUGCUGCUUUGUGAAUGAAGGGAGCGGCGGAGGGCAGGAAACAAACUUUCAUGUUACCAAUGUUAUUUCCUUCCGACGGCUCCCGAUUUUUCCACGCAAUUCAAAGGGUUUCGACGGCGCAACAAGCGACACCUGGCCCGGACCGGAAGCUCGGAAACACAUUUUAUUUUGCAGAAGCUGUCAGGAAGCUGUAAAUCAUGGUGCUUAGUGUGUCCUGUGUGGCCUGCCUCUGCCUGGUGGUGGUAGUUACCGCUGACCCCUGCCUUAUUAUCAGUGAGAUCAACGCUGACAACCCCAGACUGGACACCACUGAGUUUGUGGAGCUGUAUCACACCAGUGGACAACGAGCAUCUCUAGAUGGCUAUACGCUGGUGUUCUAUAACGGAAAUGGAAACAUAGCCUACAAGGUUCUAGACCUUAAAGGCCACAGCACAGAUGACAGAGGUUUCUUCCUUGUGGGCUCCGUGGACAUGCUGCCUAAACCGGCCAUCCUCCUGCCCCCUAACACAGUCCAGAACGGCCCGGAUGCCAUCGCCAUCUACCACACACUCGCCGCCCGCUACAGUGAGAAGAUGAACGUGACAGCAGUUGGCCUGGUGGACGCCGUUGUGUACAUGAGUCGACGUUCUGGAGGGGCAGAGUUCCUCGCUGAAACUCUGACACCUGGUGAACCGGCCUUUGUCGAGGAUGAUACAGCGCAUGACGGGGACGAGUCCAUCGAGAGGUGCCUGCUGUCUGAAGACCGCUGGGGCUUUCAGGUUUCUCUCCCCUCCCCAGGCCAGAGGAAUAACUGCACCCCACCUGCUACCCCAACUACAGUCCCUCUCAUUACGGAACUGAGGCUGGGGGGAGGCCAGGUGGAUGGGUUUGUGGAGGUCACAGAGGCCCCAGGUGUAGGUCCUCUGGUUCUGGUAGUGGUGGAUGGGAAAACAGACAGGGUCAGUGUGACUCUGGAUAUGGACACCUCUAGGAGUGGGCUUGUCUCUGUGACCAUAGACAAGAACUACAUGAAAGGGGAUGCGUCUGGGGCUGUAGCCAUUUACAGUGGCACAGUCACAGACUUUCCCGUGGGCGGUCCACUGAGCCAGGUACAGCCGCUAGAUGCGUUUGUGUUUGCUGGACCUGGAAGUAAGCCGAGUGCUGGGCUCACCGAGACUCUCAUCCCAGGCAGACAGCCCUUCCAACUGAGCAACAGCUUGAGAGAGGGAGGCUUCUACCUCAGUCGCUGUGGUGUUGCUACAUGGGCCAGAGAUCCCGGUGUCUUCUGGGAGGCCCCUCAGACUCCUGGGCAGCCCAACCAGUGCCCCUGGCCAAGGAUCUGUCCUCACAGCUCCGUGGUUCCUGGAGGUACAGAUGCACCCCCACACAUCCCACCGUGGGGUAACAGUGACUUUCUGAUUAAUGAGGUGAACACGGACACGCCGGGCGCGGCUGAGGAUGGCGAGUACAUUGAGCUGUGGCAUCCAUCAGGUCGCCGUGUCUCCCUGCAGGGCAUCUGGAUACUACUGUUCAGUGCACACAACAACAAACCCUACAGGGAAAUCAGCCUGAGUGGCCAUUUCACUACUGCAAAGGGCUACUUUCUUCUGGGCAGCGACCGGCUGGUGCCUGCUCCGUCACUCCGUUUACCCCCCAACACAAUCCAAAAUGGACCAGAUGCUGUGGCGCUCUACCGCAGUCCGUUCGGCCCACCGUCAGCCACACAAAGGGGGAUCCCCACCAAAGGCCUGCUGGAUGCAGUGGUGUACAGACAGAGGGGCUCAGACAUGGAGGCACAGGAGCUGAGUAAAGCUCUGACCCCAGGUCAGCUGCCUCUGCUGGAGGAUCCAGAGGUUCUGCCUGGUGAUGAGGCCCUGAGCCGCUGCAGAGGCCUCUAUCCCUUUGACCUGUCUGCUUUUUCAGUGGCUCCUCCCACCCCUCUGAGGGAGAACAGCUGCCCCCGCCCUCCUCCGGCACCUGAGGGUGUGGUCAUCAGCGAGGUCGCCAGUGGCCUCUGGACCAAUCACAGCCAGCAGAGGGCCUUCGUGGAGCUGCAUGGGCCCGCUAUGACAUCUCUGCAGGGUCUGGUACUCAGUGUGUUUGACCAGGAGCGCAGUGGGACCGUCAUGGCCCUUCCCUUGACUGGAUUUAUUGACCAGGAUGGAUUUUACGUCCUUGGAAAUGUCACUGAAGCAGAUCAGACUUUCCCAGAGGGCUCCACAGUGCCAGCUCGAGGAGCAGUCAUUCUGUGCUAUGACCUGUUCAGUGUCUGUAGAGCCGGCACCGCCCUGACCAACUCCAGCCUCAGAGAUGUUCUGGUGUUCAGUGAAAAGCAGCAGCUGCUCUCCUCUCUUUCCACCAGCAGAGGGCGACAAGUGAUUCCAGCUCUGAGGUCAGUGGAGGAUGGCCCUGUGUCACUGAGCCGGUGUUCCUGCUGUGAGGUCAGAAGCCCGUCUUCAUGGACCAGCUCCUCGCCAACACCUCACAGCGCCAACGUCUGCCCAAGCUCCGCCUUCUCCAGUCAAAUCGACAUUUGCCUCGGACCUUUGUCCAGUGACUGGCAGGAACAGUCUGGAGACUGUACUGGUCUGCUUCAGGGGAGGAGAAUCGCAGAAGUUGCUGAUUAUUUGGAACAGAGGUGUCACUGUGGCAUAUCCGCCCUGUAUCUUCAAGGGGCCAACUUUUCUUGCGUGUCUGGCUGGCUGCGAGUAUGGGGCAAAAUCCAAGCGCUGUCUGACCAUCAGAAGGCCCUCAUCAUCCAGACGUCCCACCUGAAUCCUGCACCUGCUCAGGGAGAUGUCUGCUCCGCUCCCACCGCUGACCGCUACACAAGCGCAGCGUCCGCCCUGGGGUUACAGAUUGGACUGGUUAUAGCAGUGCUCCUGUUGUUUGGACUCGGAGCUGCUCUAUUCACAUAUUUCUACAGGAGGAGGCGUCCUCUGGACUACUACACCAUGGAGCUGAGUGAGCACGCAGAGGGACUCUCAGAUCUAUAAUUAAUGCUCGCAAUCAUAGUGUUUUCAUCUGUGAGUGUGUUUGUGCAUGGGAUGACAUCGGGUAGAAAGAGGUUGAAUUUGACUUGUAUAUUCCUUAAAGAGGGUUGCUUUCAUGCAAGUGCCUCUACAAGUGUCCUGUGUUUUUAGGAGAUUGUUUAUGAAAAUGUAGUCAUGCUUAAACUGUGUGGUUGCAUCCAGCGUAUGAUCUUUCGUGGCCUAGGAGACAUAAAAUCAGACAACCCAUGAGGAAUGUGACACAAUAAAAACAUAGUAGCAUAUUUUUAUAAAAGUUAUUUGCCUUUGAGCAGUGCUGGUUACUACUUACAAGAAAAAAAAGGAAGCUAAAAGGGAGGAUUUUGAAUGUACUUGAAAAGUAACGUCUGAAAUGUCCUCGAGACCAGUGUGUAGGAUUAAGUGGCAUCUAGUGGUGAGGUUGUAGAUUGUGGCUGACUUAAUACCCCUUUAGUUCCAAGUUCCAAGUACUUCCCUUUGGUUUGUUUAUUGUGGGUUCCUGUACCAACGUGUCAGGCUUUAUUUCUACAUGCUCCUUUCAUAUAGCUUAGUGCUGGUCAAACUACUUCACAAAAGACUGACAAUCCAAUAAUAAAAACAACAAUCUGAAUACUAGAUGAGAUUGGUUAAAAGGCAAAGCAUAUGUCAAAUGCUAGGACAAUGAGGUGUUAAAUGUGUGAUGUGUAAGGUCUAUAUGUACUUAUGUGGUUACAUAGUUAGGCUAAUGGGAGAAUAGGUGCAUUUCCAUCCAGCUGCUUGUAUUUGCAUUUUCAUUUUGAUCCUAAGAAAUCCCCCAUUUAAAGCUACACCUACCAAUGUGGCAUUUCUCACAGCACUUAGUAAAAGUUUGAACAUGAACAACCCGCCUCCCUCCAAAGCCCCACCCGCUUCCCAAGUCGUCAGAAAUCAACACAUGGUCAGAGCCCCGUAGCAGCACUUUUUGACGCAGGGGGUACCCCUUCCAUGUCGAAAUCCAACGCAGGGCAGCCUGAUUGAACUGCAUGUAAAUCCCUCAGUGUCGUUGAGCUCUGACGCUCUCCUCCUUUUACCUGAUGCGCACGGCGGAGGUGGAGGUGGACGUCCAGUCCACUUCGGCAUGUCUGCGGACCCCUCCCUCGGUAAUCAGAUACAUCAUCCACCUGCCGCAGCUCCUGUUUCAUCAGUAGACCCUGAAUUUAAGGGUCUGGUCUGUGCAGUGCUGGGUCAGUGUCUUAAACUGAUGAGGUGCCCAGACGGGCGUGCAUACUGUGAACACGUGGCCUCCGCGAAUUUUCCGUGGACAUUUGAGGUUUCAUAGUCCAUACAUUUAAAAUCCUACAUAAUCCUACAUUGUGUGACACCAAGUACAUGUACGUGUAUGAG